UCCUUUAAUCGUUGGGUGAAUGAGCAAAUCAGUGAAUGGCCCUGAGACGCGGGUAGCAAGGAGAUGCAGAGGGAGGUGGGUGGAGCCUAGGGUGCGGGGGCCAAUGGGCACGCAGCUGUGACUGGCGGCGUCUCGUGGGACCUCUGGCUCCGCCCAGGCCGCGCGGGGGCCGCUGGGAGUUGUGGUCCCCUGCCCGCCUAGCCACGUCACCGCCUUCAAACCCUAAGCCCUCUCCUUAGGUCUGGUACGAUCCGUAUUACCGAACUUUUGGUUCCCUUGCCCUUAGGCCUAUUAUUCCUUCUCCCCCUUUUCCUGACGUGUCUCGAUGUAGUCUCCCGGUUCCGCGGGUCUGCAUCUGGGUACGGUCUCACGGUAUGCCAGCCCCCCGCGCAGAGCCCAACUUGGUAUCAUCCUCUACGUUCAUCUCCCCCCGUCGUCCUUCGAUAUGGUCUUUCCAGCCACGCCCCCCGAGGUGGUUUCUCUCACGUCGUCUCAGCUCCUCCCCUCCGUGCUCGAGCGGCCCAUAAUAUCUUCCAAUUGCCGUAUUCACCGUCCCACACACCCUUUUCCCGGGGCUCCCCCAGCCCUAUUUUGGUACACCCCGGCCACGCCCCCUCACGGACGCUGUUGGUACGCGCCGCGCUCCCCUGCUCGCCGCAGUGGUUUGGCCGCGGCGACCCCUCUCCGGCCGCGGGUGCCCCGCGCUUGGUACAGCCCAGCCCGGCUCCCCCCGAAGCCGCGCGCCCGUGCCCCUCAGUCGGUGGAGCCUGCAGCCCCCCGUGCUGCCCGUGACAGCCCCCAGCCCACUCGGCCAGCGCCCGCCAUGGUCCGUCCGCGCCGCGCCCCGCACCGCUCCGGCGCUGGGGGCCCCCUCGGGGGUCGCGGCCGCCCCCUGCGGCCCCUCACGGUGCGCGCCGCCCGCUCGCGCUCCUGGCCGGCCAGCCCCCGGGGCCCGCAGCCGCCGCGGAUCCGGGCUCGCUCGGCCCCUCCCAUGCAAGGUGCUCGGGUCUUCGGGGCCCUGGGUCCCAUCGGGCCCUCCUCGCCCGGGCUCGCCCUCGGGGGCCUGGCCGUGGGCGAGCACCGGCUCGGCAACAAGCUGCUGGCCUGGAGCGGUGUCCUCGAGUGGCAGGAGAAGCGCAGACCCUACUCGGACUCCACCGCGAAGCUGAAGCGGGCCCUGCCCUGCCAGGCCUACGUGAACCAGGGCGAGAACCUGGAGACCGAGCAGUGGCCGCAGAAGCUGAUCAUGCAGCUCAUCCCGCAGCAGCUGCUGACCACCCUGGGCCCCCUGUUCCGCAACUCCCAGCUGGCGCAGUUCCACUUCACCAACAGAGACUGUGACUCCCUCAAGGGGCUCUGCCGCGUCAUGGGCAACGGCUUCGCGGGCUGCAUGCUCUUCCCGCACAUCUCCCCCUGCGAGGUGCGCGUGCUCAUGCUCCUGUACUCGUCCAAGAAGAGGAUCUUCAUGGGCCUCAUCCCCUACGACCAGAGCGGCUUCGUCAACGCCAUCCGGCAGGUCAUCACCACCCGCAAACAGGUGUGCCCUCAGGCCCGGCCACUGCCUGUGUCUGAGGCUUUGAAGGGUGAGGGGGUUGAGGGGUUUGAUACAGUGGUUCCCAGCAGGAGGGGCGCCCGUGGGGAGCAGGGAGGCGGGUGGGCACGCAGGCACACUCGUGGUGGGAGGGGGACCGCGUGUCCUGGCUCGCAACUUACCAGCUAUUCAGAGCAUCCCCUUCACCAGGAAGUGUCCCAGUUUGUGCGAGUUAUGUAGCUGCCUGGUUCUUAGAGGCAGACCCUGUGUGCCUUGUGCCCCAGGCAAGGGCUGGGGUGUGGCCCGGGGUGGGGGGGGGCGGCUGUGGGGGGCAGGGCCAGCUCUGGGGCUCUUGACCUGUGGCGGACUGGAGGUGCAGAAGCCAGGCUGGAGGCUGAGCCCGGGCCGGACCCUGGGGGCAGCGGGUAGACACACUUGGGACUGAUGGGCGGGGGUUGGGGAGGGGUCUGGGGUAGCCUCCAGGUUUCCCAGAAGCCUGUUCUGGGGAACUCCUGGGGGCACCAGCCCACCUGCCUGCUCCUGUAGGCAGUGGGCCCCGGUGGUGUAGUGGGCCCUGUCCAGGUCGUCAACAACAAGUUCCUGGCCUGGAGUGGCGUCAUGGAGUGGCAGGAGGCCUGAGCCCAACGGUCGGUCUAAGAGGUGGCUGCCGUCACACAUCUACGUG